CAGGCCGGCCGGGGCACCGAGAGCAAGAAAAUGUAUUGGUAUUUGCCAUUCAUUUCACCUUCUGCAUCUAUGCAUCUCAUGAGCUCGGAGCUCUUCACCCUGACCUACGGCGCUCUGGUCACUCAGCUGUGUAAGGAUUAUGAAAAUGAUGAAGAUGUCAACAAGCAGCUUGACAAAAUGGGCUACAACAUAGGUGUUCGGCUAAUAGAAGACUUUUUGGCCCGGUCCAAUGUAGGAAGAUGCCACGACUUCCGUGAAACUGCAGAUGUUAUUGCAAAGGUGGCAUUUAAAAUGUACCUGGGCAUCACUCCAAGCAUCACCAACUGGAGCCCAGCAGGGGAUGAGUUCUCUCUGAUCUUGGAAAAUAACCCUUUGGUGGACUUUGUUGAACUACCUGAUAACCACUCAUCUCUCAUUUAUUCCAACCUCUUAUGUGGAGUGCUGCGGGGAGCCCUAGAAAUGGUUCAGAUGGCCGUGGAUGUGAAAUUUGUCCAGGACACACUGAAGGGGGACAGCGUCACAGAAAUACGGAUGAAGUUUAUCAGGCGGAUUGAAGACAAUCUCCCAGUUGGAGAGGAAUGACUUGGAACUCAAGCUUCCUGUGGCACUGGACGGGACCAGCAGACCAUGGCCUGCAGUUCUUACUACCGAUUCGUAGGGAUUUAGUGUCCCCUGUAAAUUCUGACUCUAAGACAUUCUAUUCUUCUACCUGACUUCCAUUUUCCAUUGAAGACAGGUGUCUGGGUUAUUGUUUAUCCCGCAGGUUCAUGCUAAAGAUUUUCAUAAGGUGGAUAGUUUUUUCAUACUCCCCAGAGAGAGACUCUUUCUACACUCAGUUUCUAGUUGUGAUUUUUUGUUUUUGUCAAAGCUUAGCUGCUUGAAUUCUAAAUGAUCUCCAGGCAGCUAAAAUCUGUGAAUGAGUUGUAUAAUCAAAGUUGGAGACCAAGUUAGGGAAGCCCACCCUUGUGGCUGCCUUCUCGAGAUGCAUCUAUUAACAUUCAUGAGAGCUACUUGAUGCUUGUACAUGGAAUGGGGAAGCAUGCGACUGUAGCUAGUGUACUGUAUGCAGCAACGAAGAAUAUACUUGACAGUCAGCAAGCAAUGCGAGUUUUCAGUGGAACACAUGCUAGAUCUCACUAUUUUCUGUUGUGCUGUCGUAAAGAAAACAUGUCCUGUAACUGCGGGCAUGUUGACUGUCUUUUUUAAAAAAAAACCUGAGCUUUUUAAAACGACCACAGAGCACUGCAGAAAAGCUCUUUUUAUUAAAAAAAGAACAGGAGGCUUAUCGUACAAAUGGGCCCCCCACACUCACCAAGAAACCUCAGUUUGGGAUAAUUGUGAUUUGGUCAACAGCAAGUUCUUACUCACAUUGUAGAACAUAAUUUCCACUGAUAUAUUAGAAUGCUGAUACACUCAUUUUGAUGUUAAUUCUUAUUUUUUUUUUAGUAGAGACUGAAAAUGUCCCCUAAUUAACCUGUUGUGCAUAUUUGGUACCGAAGGAUUUAUUUAAUUUUACUCUUAAAGGGGUUCUUCAAUGUAUAUUCUGAGAUGAGAUCUAUAUAGUAUAUCUUGUAAAAGUCCACUGUAUUUUGAAUGACUGGUAUGAGUUACAUGGUAAAUUACAAACCUAAUCUUUCCUGAAGAGUAACUAGGAAUGGUUGCUUUAGAGGCUGGUUUAACCUACAAACCAUUUUUUCGAGGAAAACAGCAUGAAAAAUGAAGAGCGUAGUCAGACUCUCAGGAGAUCUGUGUUACCUGGGUCAUCCUUCUUACUGAGGCAAGAAUUUUUCUUUUCCCACAGCAAUACUUCUGAGGGCAGACUCCAUGGAAUAGUUCUGUCUGGGAAUGUAAUGCCAUAUUGCAGUUUGACUUAUGUGGUGAGGUUCAUAAGGAGACCAGUAAAUUGUAUUAGAAUGCACUAAAUAUUCUUAAUGGAAAAAUUAAAUCAGUUGCUGAAAUGCAUUCAGUGCGUGCCGCCUGGGUUCUGUUCCACUGGCUGAUAAUUUCGAGAUAUGAAACCCAGACUAAACAUUAGAAAGCACUAAAUGUGUUUCAGCUAAUGUAAUUCCAUUUCCCUGUUCAUAAUGUAUAAAUACUGCACAGUGUGAAAGUGGUGCUUUGGUAUUUUCUUAUGUGUAUAUUUAGGUUAAAAUAGAAGUUUCCACAUUAUUUUAAUCAGCAAGAUACAGCAGUUUAUAAUCUUAGCUCUUGUUUAGAAUAUCUAAAUGCACUGAAGCAGUGUUACACAUCUAAAAUAAACUGAGUAGCUGGAAAAGUUGCCCCUUUUGACACUUUAUUCAAAUGCAAAAUACCCUCGAACAAAGUGAAGUGCUUUGAGGAUGAAAAGCGCUAGGACUGGGUCUAAGCAUGAAGUCGUAAGAGAAACGAACACAUUUUCAAAAUGUACACAUCUGGUAUGUCAGUCGUGACCCCCUUGAUUUUCUUACCAGGGAUUCAGUUGUGCUGCAGGGAUCAUAUCAGCAUGGACGAGGGAGUGUCUGUAAGUUGAAGCUGAGGCACCCACUAAAGUUGGUGUGAAUGAAGCUUGUACUGCUACCUCCUGUGCUCUGUCUGCAUUUGGGAUCAAGGCUGCAGACCUGUCACUUUUCACUAGCCUGACAUGUCCAUUAAUAUGCUCCUGUCACACCUUUCCCUCUGGACUUCUGCCCUGCCUGAACCAUGCUGCUGCUUGUAGAUCUGUGCAAGUCCUGCUUCUUGCACGUCAGUCAUAGGAUGGGGUGGAGUAGACUCUGACUGUGGUCUGUAUUACAGUCCAAGUUCAGUUCACCCAGCUGGUCAGCGAGUGGGUUGGAGGAGGUUUGAAACGGAACUGCCUGGGUUGUGAAUAUUCUUAUUUAUCAGUUCAUCUAAUAUUUUAUUUAUAUCCUGAUGUGGGAACCAGGUUCCUGUUUUGAACAAGGAGCUGUCUGGAAUGUUACCCUGGAUGACUUGCACAAUUCCUGUCUCGCCUAAAUGAAUUGCUUUAGCCAGAGGCAAGGAGUGCUCAGAGGUGUUUUGCAGUGCCCCAUAAGCGGGUAGAAGAUCUAUUAAAUGUGAUGCUUUAAAGAGAGUUGCUGCAGCAAACAAUUGGUAGCUAAUGUAUAUUGGGUGCAGAAUUGGGGAGUGGUGGUGUUACAGGAUUGCAUAAGGAUGGCUCAAUUAUUCACUGGUCCUUGUAAACCAUUUUAAGACUGUAUUUUAAAACCUAUUACAUUAAAAAUUGCAACAUU